UAUUAUUCAAAGUGAAAGUUGACACACCACGGUGCCGCCGACAGUGUCGACUAAGAAGGCUUCAACAUGUUUUCGUUCAGUUAAAGAUGUGACAGUAGUUUUUCUGACUGCAAUUCUUAAUUGAAAUGCACAAAAUGACAGAAAAGACAGCUAUGGAUGAAUGGAAAGAAGAAAAGACAGCUAUGGAUGAAUGGAAAGAAGAAUUAGAAGAAUAUCUGACAUGCAUUGAUGACUUACCUAUUAAUAGUAUCAACAGAAGUCAAAAAUUUUGGAAGAGAGAUCCUUGCCCAGAGAAUUUAUACUCCUCAGAUGUUUGUCCUUGCCAAACUAAAAUAGAUGUAGUGAGAAAUCCAACUACUGGUGUAUUGUUAGGUUAUAAAGAGGAAUAUCUUGCUAAUAUCAGCGAAAAUGCCAGAAAUUCAUUGUCCCUUAAACGACAACCUGGACCAGUUCAGUUGGAUGUCAGGGGAUCCAGCACACAUAAUCCUUUCUGGCCAGGAGGUCUUGAUGAACCAGAUAUAGAUAAUUUAAAUGAAAAUUCUUCUUUUGAUAAUUUACUCCAGGAAAAAGAUUUUCUAACAAUAGCCCCUGGUAUGAGUUCUGGGAUGACAUUUGAGACUACAAAAUCCAAGGAAGAGUCUAUUCCAGAAGUGCCAACCUCAGAAGAGACCACACCCACUGUUAUAAAUCUAACAGAUAUCCUGAUCCAGGACUUUGAUGAUUUAGGUGACUGGGAUAAAGACGAGGAAGAGGUUAAGGAGGCUUCCAAAGAGGAGACAAGUGAACAAAUCACAGUAUCUGGAAGUGAAAGUAUAGAUGAAAUUGUCUCUGCGACAAUUCCUACUAGCACUGCAAAUGAAGCUAAAACAGUACCAGUACCAGUCAAGGAGGAAUGGGCCAUUAAUGUGGAUGUGGAUCAUCCAGUGGAUGACUUUUAUAAGAGGAUUCCUGAUAUGGCCUAUAAGUGGCCCUUUGAAUUGGAUGUCUUCCAGAAACAAGCUAUACUACACCUAGAGAACCAUGAUAGUGUCUUUAUAGCAGCACACACAUCAGCGGGGAAGACCGUCAUAGCUGAAUAUGCUAUUGCCCUGUCACUCAAACACAUGACAAGGACAAUUUACACAUCUCCAAUCAAAGCUCUGUCAAACCAAAAAUACAGAGACUUUAAACAGACCUUUGUUGAAGUUGGAUUGAUUACAGGAGAUGUCCAGAUCCACCAGGAAAGUGCAUGUCUUAUAAUGACCACUGAAAUUCUCAGAUCAAUGUUAUAUAAUGGAUCAGAUGUGAUCAGAGAUCUUGAAUGGGUCAUCUUUGAUGAGGUACAUUACAUAAAUGAUGCAGAGAGAGGAGUUGUGUGGGAGGAAGUACUCAUUAUGUUACCUCAACAUGUAAACAUCAUUUUACUGAGUGCAACUGUACCCAAUACUUUGGAGUUUGCAGAUUGGAUUGGGAGGACAAAAAGGAAGAAGAUUUACGUGAUUAGUACACUGAAGAGACCAGUACCUUUAGAACACUAUCUAUAUACAGGAAAUAGUAAUAAAACUAGCAGUCAAUUAUUUCUUAUACUGGAUCAUAAGAAACAGUUCCAGAUUGGAGGGUAUAACAAGGCAGUGGAUGCCAAGAAAGAAAGAACUAGUAAGGCAUCACAGAAUUUUGGAGCCAAAGGUCAAAGGGGAGGUCAUCCAAACCAGGACAAAAAUAUCUGGAUAUCGCUGAUUGAUAUGUUGAAAAAGAAGGACAAACUACCUGUUGUCUCAUUCAUAUUUUCUAAGAAGAGAAUAGAAGAAACAGCCAACAAUCUGGGAAGUUUGGAUCUUACUGAUCAGAAGGAAAAAAGCGAAAUACAUAUUUUCUUUCAUAAAUCUAUAAAUAGAUUGAAAGGUACUGAUCAGAAACUUCCUCAGAUAACACAGAUGGAAGACAUACUUAAGAGAGGACUUGGUGUUCAUCACAGUGGGAUAUUACCAAUACUGAAGGAAGUAGUAGAAAUGUUGUUCCAAAAAGGUCUUGUCAAGGUUCUGUUUGCAACUGAGACAUUUGCUAUGGGGUUAAACAUGCCAGCCAGAACAGUUGUGUUUGAUACCGCACGUAAACAUGAUGGCACAGGGUUCCGUGACCUACUUCCUGGGGAGUAUAUACAAAUGGCAGGACGUGCUGGAAGACGUGGACUUGAUACAACAGGAACUGUUAUAAUGCUCUGUAAAGGAGAUAUUCCUGUGGUGUCAGAUCUACAGAAAAUGAUGAUGGGAAAACCAACCAAACUGGAAUCUCAGUUCCGCCUGACAUAUUCUAUGAUACUUAAUCUACUCAGAGUGGAACAGUUGAAAGUGGAGGACAUGAUUAAAAGAAGUUUUUCUGAGUUUCAUUCACAGAAGGAUAAGGUUAAACACAAGGAGGAUAUGGAUAAACUAUACAAGGAAAUAGCUAAUGUUAGAGACAUAGAGUGUUAUAUGUGUUCUAUAGACUUGGAAAUGUAUUACCAAACUUGUAAAGAUUAUCACCAGCUCAAGAAAAAAUUGCAGGGCGUUGUUUUGUCUCAUCCAGCAGCCAUAAAAUCUCUCACAGCUGGACGUGUUAUCAUAAUAAAUGACAACCUACGCAAAAAUGUUGUUGCUGUUGUAUUGAACUCAUCAGUAGGUACAAACAAUGAAAGGGCAUUUACUUGCUUAGCAAUAUGUGAGAAAAGGGGAGUAACUCUAUCUAAAGAAGAUCUGACUAAAUAUGAUAAGAUUGCUCCAGUGUUAGGGAAUACUCUAUUUAUACCUGAAAGUCCAUGCUGGCAUGAGUUAGUACAAGUGAAAGCUGCAAAUGUCAGCAUUGUUACUACCAAGACCAUAAGAGUUGAUGCAGAUAAAAUAAUUAAUGAUCUAAAGAAAAGACAACAGCCUAGAUUUAAAGAUGAUCCACCAGGUCAGUCAGUUUCUAUAGCAACACAAGAAUUAUUACGCUUAACAGAAACUAAUUCUGAUGGCCUAGCAGGACUAGACCCUGUUAAAGAUUUACAUAUCAGAGACAUUGAAUUAGUAGAACAAUUUAGAUCUGUACAGGCUAUGGAGCAGACAUUUAUAUCGUUUCAAUGUAUAAACUGUCCAAGAUUUCAAGAGCAUUUUGCUGAACACAGCAGUAACAUGGAAUUAAAGAACAAAUACAGACAUCUCAAAUUUCUGCUGUCAGAUGAAAGUUUGAUGCUGCUUCCAGAAUAUCAACAGAGAAUUGAGGUGCUAAAAUCUUUGAACUACAUAGAUGAACAUAAUGCAGUUCAAUUGAAAGGUCGUGUGGCUUGUGAGAUCAGUACACAUGAACUGAUGAUUACAGAAUUAGUGUUUGAGAAUGCCUUGACCGAGUUACAUCCAACAGAGAUUGCUGCGUUAAUGUCAUGUGUUGUGUUUGAACAGAAGAGAGCCUCUGAACCAAAACUAAUUGAUACCCUUGUACAGGGGAAAGAAAAGAUCCUUGGUAUUGCCAGGAAGAUUGACUCUCUCCAGAGACAGUUUGGAAUACAAGCUCCCAUAGACUAUGAAGAAGAAUUCAAAUUUAAUUUGAUGGAGGUUGUAUUUGAAUGGGCAAGAGGAUUGCCCUUUUCUGAAAUAACAAAUUUAACAGAUGUGCAAGAAGGAAUAAUUGUGAGAUGUAUACAGCGACUGAAUGAAACAUUAAGAGACGUCAGGAAUGCUGCCAGAAUUAUUGGAGAUCCUGUCCUUUAUCAGAAAAUGGAGGAAGCCUCUUCUAUGGUUAAAAGGGAUAUUGUUUUUGCUGCUUCCUUAUAUACACAAUAAAUGUUACAUAGUAUAAACAACUAAUGGAUCAGUCAUUUUGAUAUUUAUACAGAAGGAGGAGGUUUACAUCUGCCUGUCCUUUGGUGUUUCUGUCAGUACAUUUGUCCCAAAAAAUAUGGUCACAUUUUUCUCAGGAACUAUAAAUCAGAGCUUCUUGAAAUUUAGUUAUAGGCUUCAUUUGAGAGUGCUAUACUGUAUUAUGGGCUGUCAGUUUCAUCUCUCAUCAAUAUCCUGUUUACCGAAUACUUGCAUAUUCUUUCACAUAAUGGCCAUCUAUGAAAUUAUUGUCACAUUUUUUUCAGAAACUACAAAUCAAGGGUUUCUAAAAUUUGGACUCAACCUUCAUGUGAGCAUGCUAUAUCAAAUGAGGCAAUUUUACAUCCAAACUCCCUUUUUACCGAAUACUUAAGUGGGGUAUCAUUAGUGAUCAAUAGCUCACAGUUCAACUUGUUUUCCCUUACUCUACAGAAUUUUUGUCUGAUUGCUCCUUUGUUCAUGCUUCCAUCCUGGUUGAAUUUUUAUUUUAAAGGUACACUAUACACAGAAACAAAGCAUGAAUAGAAGUUAAAAGUAAUACAAGCUGCCUAUUUGAUAUAUUUUAAUUAUCAGAAUUUUGAUGUCAUUUAAAACCCAAUUAAAUAAUUUUUUUAAUGAAGGAAAGUUGAAAUCCUCCUGUUAAAAAAUGAGUCUUUGUUGUCUUCCCAUACAGUUAUUCAACAAGCAGGUCAUGUUGUGCAUAUUACUUAUGAUUUGAACCUUUUCAGAGAUAUAAAUAUAAAAUGUGCAAUUCGGGUUGAUAAAAAAAUGUCAGAAACAAACUAAGCCUUUUUGGCAAAUAAUAAAGUUCCACAAGGUAACAAUACUCAGGAAGACAUAUCACUCUUGUUAGGCACAUUAUAAUGACUAUGAGCCAACCAGUCAUUGUUCUUAAUCAGUUGAGUUAUGGCAGAGAAGCAGCAAAUACCAGUUAAAAAGAUUUUUGUUUGACCCAACAAGAUGAGCACACAACCACAAGAUAAGGGAGGUGGUUUGGAUGAUAAUGAGAAACAUCAUCAUAAUUCAUGAAUACAUACAAUUUUGGAAUUUCUAUAUGAAACCACCUUGUGAAUUUUUGAUUGGCAUAUAAAUGAAUUAUAAACUCAAAAUACCAUAAUAAAAUAUACUGAUUAAAUAAUUUUUGAGAUAAAUGCAAUAUUUACCACUGAA